AUGGCUCAGAACGGGCAUUUGACCACGGGAGAGGGCCAUGAACCGUGUAUCCUAGAUAACAAAACACAGGUGGAAGCCUACAAAGAUUUACAGGACAUGUUCCACCACAUCAUAACGGUUCUAGCUCUACAAGGGCGCCUUGUCGAGGAACCUUUGUCACUAAUGGGGAGGAUUUUGGAUUAUGGAACUGCGACAGGCAUCUGGGCAAUCAACGCUGCCGAUGCGAAAUUUGGCAGUGGUGGCGAGGUUGUCGGCGUUGAUGAGGCUAAUGUGCAACCAGAAUUGUAUGCCUUUGAGCCAUGGGAACAAGAGAGACUGUUUGAUUUAAUUCACACACGGAUAAUAUUUGAUGACUUGGGAGAUUGGCCAGCGUUUUAUAAGCUAUCGUACGAGAACCUGGCCUCAGGCGGCGGGUACCAGCAAGAGGCGUUAGACUUGAAGCCUCACAGCGACAGCGACGACAAGCCGUUGCCAAACUUGGCCAGCUGGGCUGACAAGUGGUAUGAAACCACCUCUACAGACGGCAAGACGCACUUGGAUAUUCUGAAUACCACCGACCAUCUGAAACAAGCAGGUUUUGGCGAUUGGCUUGGAACUGCCCUUCGGUAUACAUUCAAGAGACGGUGUUUUGCGCCACCACCUCACAACCAGCAGUGGCCUCUUGUUGACGACGAAAUGCUGGAUGGGAUCAAAGAGGAAACUAUUCCCACAAACAAUACUGCGUACUACAAUCUUUAUGUCUGGACCGCGCGGAAGCCGAGCGAUGCUACGCCCGACCUAGUGCUCACCAGUUGCAAGUAG